AGUAUCCAAGAAACAAGAUGCGUCUCCCAGUCUUUGCUCUCUCCUUGUACACCGCCCUCCUCGGGCAGACCCAGGUCCACGAAGAAGGCGCGAUCGUAAUUGCGGGCGGCAGCGCCAGCAGCAUCAUGCCGACCAGAAACAGCGGCACGAUCGUCCAUCCCAUCGCCGGGAGCGCGAUCGAGAUCGGAAAACCGUUCCCCUUCGCGUACAAGACGUCCAACUGGUGCCACACGGGCUACACCCACAUCUCCGCCUGGCUCAUGGAAUACGAGCCUGGCGAGGAGGAUCUGGACGGAUCGGGCAAGCUCCAGAGCGCGCGCUACCAUUUCGGAGACUGGACGCAGUCCAACUUCGCUCAGCUUCCUGAUCUGCCAGAGAACUCACCCGCCGAGCUCACCAUCCCUGAGCAUGUGAUGGCCGGUCUCCGCGGUGGGGAGAUGUACUUUUCUGUCGUGGAACACGCGACCGACUGUCCUCCGCGCAACAUGCCCACCCAAUUCGGCAUCGCGUCGAGCCAUGUCUACGUGAUGUAGACUGCAUCGUUCAAACAACGAGUGAGCGCAGAAGUGCGAGUAACAAUAGCAGUGGCAAUAUGUACGGUAGUCGAACGAAGGAUUGCCAUUGCACGUGAAAUGUUUUCGAAAAGACGAAAUCGAGCCGGCCAAAGAUUUGGCCUCGCUAGAGGCACUGGGAAGGGAAACAAAGCGACAUAGUAUGUGACGAGAACGUUCUGAAUCUCUUCUGUCGGUGAAAGCCAGUCAAACCGAGCAAGGGCCUGUCCAUACGUCAGCCCACGACAGGAGGGUUCGCUUUGAAUUCAGGGGGCGCAUCCAUAGUCGCUUCUCCCGAGUCGACAAAGACACCUUGCGAAAUCUGGAGAUCACCGACGGUGGGGUCGAAAGAUCAGGUUCCUUCCCAACAAAUCAUUUGCGGUCGGCAUACCGGGACAAUAGUCUCCGGUAAGUCCAGGAGUCUCUAAUCAAUUGGUGAAAGAUUGCCGGAGAAUUUCGGCCUUGCUGGUUUACGUGGGUUUCGAGAAGAACCCGGUUACGUGUAGCAGAGGAGAAUGAAGGAUGGGGUGUUGUAAUGCUGCGCUGUCAAAGCGAGCUGUUGAUCAUGUGCCGAACCGCACGGAGCCGUUGCUGAGAGGAAAAGGCGAUGUGGCGGAUAUCACGGCGAGGAUGAGUGGUCAGACCCCCUUCGCACCAGUAUCAGAAUUCCAACUGGAUGUCACGGCGUACUUGCUGACGCGAAUACGCUGGACUUCUGGCCAGCAUCUGCAAUGGUUUCUGGACGGCGAGGUCUUUCCAUGAGAUGUAUCUGAGAGCUGGAACUCGUAUAUAAACGCCUAUUCAUGGUGGAGGACAAGCAGCACCAGGAAAAGCAACAUGCGUCUCCCAGUCUUCGCGCUCUCUUUGUACACCGCCUUCUUCGGGAAGACCCAGGUCAGCGACGAGAUCCAGGGCGCGCUCGGUAUCGCAGGCGGCAGCGUCAGCAGCACCACGCCGACCAGACACAGCGGCACGAUCAUCCACCCUAUGCCUGGCAGCCUGAUCGAGCUCGGAAAACCGUUCCCGUUCGCGUACAAGACGUCCAACUGGUGCCACACGGGCUACACCCACAUCUCCGCCUGGCUCAUGGACUACGAGCCUGGCGAGGAGGAUCUGGACAAAUCUGGAAAGCUCCAGAGCGCGCGAUACCAUUUCGGAGAUUGGACGCUGUCUAACUUUGCCCAGCUUCCUGAUCUGCCUGAGAACGCACCCGCCGAGCUGAUGAUCCCUGGGGAUGUGAUGACCAGACUCCGCGGUCCGGACAUGUACUUCUCCGUGGUGGAAAACGCGACCGACUGUCCGCCGGUGAGCCCGAGUCCAUGACGCUUCCGAUCUGAGGGCUGAGAGCGGUCUGCAGCGCAACGUCCCCACCCAAUUCGGCCUCACGUCGAGUCCUGUCUACGUGUUGUAGAUUGUAUCGUUCAAACAACGAGUGAACAGUGAACGCAGAAUCGCGAGUAACAAUAGCAGUGGCGGUGUGUAAUCGAACGAAGGAUUGCCAUUGCAAGUGAAAUCUCUCGCGACCAUGAACAUGAGCCCGCACACAAUUCCAAUGGGGCAGGCUGGAGGCCCUGUGCGGAAACAAAGCGGUUUGUGUGUGACAAUCGUCCGGGAGG